CAACAUGCUGGGCUUCCAGGACACUGAGGGCGACUGGCUGCAGCAGUUGGUCUCCCUCUGUAUCCACGACAUCCAUGCUUUCCUCCUGCUCGUACCCCUGGGUCAAAUCACAGAGAAUUGUGGAUUGGAUUGGCUGCUGGCGACGUUUGGAGAAAAAUCUCUGGAGUUCACAAUCAUAAUUAUUACAUAUGAUGAUGCAAAUGAGGACAGAGUCAUGGACGACCUGAAGGGAAACACUGUUCUUCAGCAACUUCUAUAUCAGUGUGGAGGAAGGUACCUCAUUUGUCAUGAAAGUAAAAAUGACUCAGCUGUUGUCACAGAGCUGCUUGAAAUGGUAUCGGCGAACACCCAACGUUGUGACACCAUAGACAUGUACAAUAUGGAGAAAGCAGGCGAACAGCAGCAAGAACCUUUCACUGGACAUACUGAGACACCAGAAGAGGAGACUCCUGCAUCAGGCAGAGGAUAUAAUUCAUCCAGCAAUGAAGAUGUCACAGUUGAAGUCAAGGACACCAAAGUGAGAGCAGACCAAACCGAGAGCAAGACGGCUGCAUGUAAACUACGCAACUCCAUGGAAAUUAAAGAGCUCCUGAUGCGACUUCAGCUACAAGAUAAACUAACAACAAAAGACUUUCUUCAACUUGGCUGUUCCUCACUACUGCAGCUGCAAAUAGAGAAAGACCUGCCCUAUGCUUUUCUGCAGAGACUGUUGAUGAUGGACUACAGGGCCAGAUAUGUAACUGUCACAGAGGAGAACAGUAACACAUGCAGUGAAAGGUCUAUUGAUAAGCCUAGAAUCAACGAUGCCCCAACAUCUGCUUUUAAUGCUCUCUUCAGAAAAACGGUGAGUGAUGACGAGAGCAACAAAAAGAACCGCAUCCACCCAAUGGAUGUUCAGAUGGCUGUGUUUCAUUGUGCAGAUGAUUUCCUUAAGCAGUACAUGGUUACUAAGCUGUCCCUGUGUCAGUACGCACUGCCACUCCUUGUGAUUAACCCCACUACUCAAGAGAUAGAAUGUUCACUCUGGACAUUUCGAAAAAUAACCAAAAGCUGGAAGUCACCUGAAGACUCCGGUGAAGUGACAACCAAAGCCAUGCCAAUCUACAAAGCCGCAUUGCCGAUGGUGUCAGUGUUCAGGCUAGGCUCAGUGUCCACUUCCAAGUCUUUGCUGUUGAACGGCUUAAUCAACCAACGACACAACACGUUCUUCCACAGACACUGUCCAGGAAACAGUCAAAAACGCUUAUUGAUGGAUGGAGUUGUGGAAAUUGCUUGGUAUUGUCCUUCUGGGAAAGAAACUGAUAAUUUCCGGGACUGUGUGGCGUUCUGCAAUCUCCAUGGUGAUGCGGAAGAAAAUGAGUUGCAGCAAAAGUUUUUGACCAAAUCUGCCUCAGUCAAUGUUGUCUUUUUACCAAACCUAACCCAAGAUAAUAAGGCUUUGGUAACUGUAGAGGAGCUUUUCAGUUCUUCUAAACCUCUGAUAUGUUUGCUUGAUGAUGAUGACAGUGCUGUAACUGAAGUGUCUGAGGGAAAAUAUAAAAUCGGGUUAAAGAAUAGAAAUCAGUCUGAUAUAAUCGAGGAACUGACAAAGAGCAUCAGAGAAAGUUUGUCUAAAGCACAUCAGGCCUUCAAACUUGAAGAUGCAUUGCAGACGUCAGGAUUCAGAGUGGAUGAGGACAAUGACGACUGUAAAAAGGGGAAGGCAUGUGCACUCGACUUGCUGGAGCAACUGAAAGAAACCAAGCUGUUCAAAAUCAAAGAGCAGUUCCUACCUUGUCAGGGAAAAUUGUGGCAAGACUGGAGCCAGAAACACAAAGAUCUGUAUCGCUUACAUGGAGACAUUGAGAAGCACAAAAGCCAAAUAGAACAGGACAUGAGAACAAUACGAAGAAAACAAAGAGACUGUGGACUGAGUGACCUAAUGACAUCAUUUAUCGAUAAUCUGGCAACUCUGGACUCAAAAGAAAAAGAAUAUUUCUUAAAAUGGUUGGGGAUUCUGUUGGAUGAUCACUCCAUGGGCGCACUGUCAAGACUUCAUCAAAAGUAUGACAAAAAGUGGUCCACUCUCCUAGAUUUAAAAAAAAAGAAUGUUUCCUUAAAAAUACAACAACAUAAACUGGAAAAAGUUUCAAAGCAGUUAGAUGCUGUUACGUUUGGAAUUGAGCACUUUCUGAGAGAAGUUGGUCAGCUUUAUGAAGCCUGGAUUGGUCAGAAUGAACCGAUAACAGUAAAAGGAGGAAAAAGGAACAUUUCUUUGCUACCUCAGCUGGCUGCAGAACUCAUGAUAUCUGGGUACCCAUUGGAGCUAAUGGACGGGGAUGCAGCACAUGUUCCUCUGAACUGGAUAGAUGCUGUAUUGAAUGAAGUCAUUAAGCGACUUGGAGACAAACGCAUCUUUGUUCUGUCUGUUUUGGGUGUUCAGAGCACCGGAAAAUCCACAAUGCUGAAUGCAAUGUUUGGGUUGCAGUUUGCUGUCAGUGCUGGAAGAUGCACACGUGGUGCUUUCAUGCAGCUCGUGGAACUCAAUGAAGACAUGAAAAUGCAGCAAAGUUUUGACUAUGUUCUUGUUGUUGACACAGAGGGCCUAAGAGCUUUGGAGUUGACUGGUAAAGAAACACUCCACCAUGACAACGAAUUGGCGACUUUUGUCAUUGGCCUCGGAGAUAUCACCUUAAUCAACAUAUUUGGAGAAAAUCCUGCAGAAAUGCAAGACAUUCUUCAGAUUGCAGUUCAGGCUUUUUUAAGAAUGAAAAAAGUGAAGCUGUCUCCUAGGUGUGUUUUUGUUCAUCAGAAUGUGGGAGAUAUUACAGCUAGUGAGAAAAACAUGGAGGGGAAAAGGCGUCUGCAGGAGAAGCUUGAUAAAAUGACCCGACUGGCUUCCAAAGAGGAAGAGUGUGAUGUGGGAUCCUUCAGUGAUGUCAUUGCUUUUGAUGUAACAAGAGAUGUCAAGUACUUUGCACAGCUUUGGGAAGGCAGCCCACCAAUGGCCCCCCCAAACCCAUGUUACAGUGAGAACAUCCAGGACCUAAAACAAACGAUAUUCUCUCAUACUUCAAAGUUAGAGAAAAAAGGAAAAACACUGUCACAUUUCAAAACCAGAAUCCAUGAUCUUUGGAAUGCUCUCCUGAAUGAAAACUUUGUUUUCAGUUUUAAGAAUACUCUGGAAAUUGCUGUGUACAGAAAACUGGAGACUGAGUAUGGAAAAUGGACAUGGACACUCAGGAGGGCAAUGCUGAUGACUGAAAACAAACUACAUAACAGGAUUGAAAAUGAAACGUUUGACAUUGUACUCGAAACAUUUCUUGUUGAAGAACAGAUGGGGCCCUAUGAGCAGGUUAAGAAAAUGAUGAUUCAAUACUUUGAAGAAAGCCAUGAUAAGGAUGUCCUAGUUCAGUGGAAUGGGAGAUUUCUGCAAAAGAUCAGUGAGCUUCAUGAUGAUCUUAUUAAAGGAACAAAGAGAAAAUUUGAUGAAGUUAUUCAGCAGAGGGAAGCUUGUAAGAAGGUAGAUGAAAAGAGAACACAGUAUGAAAAUGAGCUUUUCAAUAAGAGCAAAGAGCUGGCAUUAAAACUGAAAGACAUGAGCAAUGAAGAGGAAUCAAAGAAAGCGUUUGAUUCAAUGUGGGCAGAGUGGGUUUCAGAGCUGUCACAAGGCAAGACUCCCAUUAAGAGCAUUAUGAUGAAGAAUUGA